AUGUUGAUGCUUUGGGUGUUACUGGCACUUCUGGCUCGAGCACAUGCGCAGUUGCGCUACACGGUGCCAGAGGAGCAGGAGCGUGGCACGGUGGUGGGUAACGUGGCCGAGGACCUAGGGUUAGACGUCACCAAGCUGUCCGCGCGUCGCUUCCAGACGGUGCCGGUGCCGAGCUCGCCACGCUCCUCUCCGCCCCCCGCGCUGCUCGAGGUGGACCUGGAGAGCGGCACGCUGGUGGUGCGUGAACGCGUGGACCGAGAGGAUCUGUGCGGCAGGAGUACUCCGUGCCUCUUACACCUGGAGAUGUUCCUCGAGGACCCGCUCGAGCUUUUCCGUGUGGAGACAGAGGUGCUGGAUGUGAAUGACAACGCGCCGCGUUUUCCACGCUCCGACAUCGCCGUAGAGAUCAGCGAGAGCGCCACACCUGGAACGCGCUUUCCCGUGGACGGUGCCUUCGAUCCUGAUGUGGGCACGAACUCUCUGAGCGCAUACGCCAUCACAAGCAACGAGCACUUUCGCCUGGACGUCCAGACACAGGGUGACGGGAGCCGGUAUGCUGAACUUGUGCUGGAAAAACCGUUGGAUCGCGAGAAGCAGGCGGUGCACCGUUACGUGCUUACGGCCGUGGACGGAGGACAGCCUCAGCGGACUGGAACCGCACUGCUGGUGGUUACUGUGCUGGAUUCUAAUGACAACCCACCCAUCUUCGACCAGUCCGUCUACUCGGUCACGCUGCGUGAGAACUCCCCCGUGGGCACACUCGUCAUCCAACUAAACGCCACCGAUGCAGACGAGGGCACUAACGGGGAGGUGGUGUACACGCUUAGCAGUCAUAACCCGCCACGUGUACGCGAACUGUUUGCUGUUGAUGCGCGCACAGGCCGUGUGGAAAUUGUUGGGGAGGUGGAUUACGAGGAGAGCAGCACGCACCAGAUUCACGUCCAGGCCCGAGACAUGGGGCCAAAUGCGGUCCCAGCGCACUGUAAGGUCUUACUCAAGCUCGUGGAUGUAAAUGAUAACUCGCCUGAGAUCGGUUUCAGCACUGUGACGGAGUCCGUUAGCGAACGCGCGACUCCUGGCACCGUAGUCGCCAUGCUUAGUGUCUCUGACAGAGACUCGGGUGAAAAUGGGCGUGUUACCUGUGAGCUUCUUGGUGGAGGAAAGGGUGAGGAAGCUCCGCCCUUCAAGCUCAAGCCUUCCUCCUUAAAAAACUACUACACCGUGGUGACAGACGGAGCGCUGGACCGCGAGCAGGUGGAGUCGUACACGCUUACAGUGGUCGCACGAGAUAAUGGCACGCCACCGCUGACCACCAGCAAGUCCAUCCGUGUACGUGUAGCAGAUGAGAAUGACAAUGCGCCACGUUUCGCACAGGCCAUUUACGAGGUGCACGUGACUGAGAACAACGUGCCUGGUGCAUACAUCUAUGCUGUUACUGCAACAGAUGUGGACUUUGGUGAGAACGCGCGUGUAACUUACUCUAUAGAGGAGCGUGAGAUCCAGGGCAUGUCUGUGCUGACGUACGUAUCCAUCAACGCAGAAAAUGGCUAUGUGUAUGCACUGCGCAGCUUCGAUCACGAGCAAAUCAGGGAGUUUAGCUUCACAGCAUGUGCAACAGACUGCGGUGCCCCAGAGCUCACAGCAAAUGCCACCGUGCGGGUGAUUGUAGUGGACCAGAACGACAACGCACCGUCUGUGAUCGCGCCACUGGGUAAAAAUGGUACAGCAGCCCGCGCCCCUUUGCCCCGGUCAGCGGAGCCAGGAUACCUGGUGACACGGGUGAUCUCCACCGACGCGGACGACGGUGAAAACGCACGUCUCUCGUACAGCAUUGCACACGGAAACGACCUGGGCCUGUUCCGUAUGGAUUGGAGGAGCGGUGAACUUAGAACUGCACGCCGGGUGACUGGCGGGAAACGGGACUCGGUGCUGCAGUCCCAGUCACAUCCUCGUACCUAUGAGCUACUGAUCGAGGUGAGGGACCACGGGCAGCCACCGCUCUCCUGCUCUGCCCGCAUCGAUGUGGUCCUCGUGGAUGGUGCUGCAGUGACCCUCGACGAGGAAGGAGGGGAGAAGGAGGGCAGAGGAGCACGCGGCGGGGCCCGAGGUUCGUCUAGUUCUGACGAGGGAGCACCAGAGAUGACGCUUGUUCUCCUUGUGGCGCUCGGUUCCGUGUCGUCCGUAUUUCUCCUCGCCAUGAUCGUGCUGGCUGUGCGCUGCCGCCGGAAGGACAAAAAAUUCACCGCAUUUACCUGCGUGACAGGAGAGUGCUGCUCCUGCUGUGGCUCAUGCUGUGGCCGACGGCCACGUGGACGGCAGAAGAAACUCACCAAGUCGGAUAUUGUGCUAGUGCAGAGCAAAACUUCAGCGCAGGUUCCCGUGGAGGAAUCCGGCACUGGGGGCAGCGGGACAUUCGGCACACACCUCCAUCAACACCAUCACCACUGCUACCAGGUGUGCCUCACACGUGAGUCUGCCAACACCACUGACCUGAUGUUCCUGCAGCCGUGUUGCAGCCCGUCACGCAGCACCACAGACACGGAGCACAGCAGCACUGCCCGAGGAGCCGCCGCUGUUCUUCUGACUGACCAGCAACCAGACAUCAUCUCCAACGGCAGCGUCUUGUCUGGAGAGAUUAAACAUCAGAGGACAGAACUCAGUUACCUUGACAGACCUCGUCGUGUUAACAGUUCUGUCUUUCAGGAGGACAUAGUGAGCUCUAAAGACAGUGGUCAUGGAGACAGCGAGCAGGGAGACAGCGACCACGACGCCACAAACCGUCUGCACUCCUCUGACCUGUUCUCUAACUGUACAGAUGAGUGUAAAGCUCUAGGACACUCGGACCGUUGCUGGAUGCCCUCGUUUGUCCCUGGUGACGGUCGCCAUGGUGCUGAUUACCGUAGCAACCUCCACGUCCCGGGGAUGGACGCAGUGAUGGACGGAGAGGUAGACACGAGCGCAUCCACCGAGGACGAUCCGUCUUUCUCCACAUUUGGGAAAGACAGAUCACACCAUCACGGCACACACACGUCUCACACACACUCCUAUCUGUCGCGUAAGAGGGUUUCCUAGCACGUUCUGCACAGACGUGGCAUCAGAGACAUAGUGAGGAGCGGCGGAGCGGCGCGGCCCGACACCUCCAGACGUCUGUGAACCUGUUGAUUUUCGUUCUGCUCCUGUGUGUUUUUUAUUUCUCACACUGAAACGCUGGACUGAAAGCGUUCUCAGCAGGACUGAGGGAUAAACGCUUCUGAAAAUACAGCAGGACAAAAGGACACGAGGACAGAGCGAAUAAAGGACGAGAGGAACCAGGAGCGAGGAUUGAGAAAGAUGGACCAAAAGAAAAGAUACACGAACUGAUACAUGAACAGUUUUACUCUUGCUGACUUUCUCCCGGACCACAAAGUGACUAAUCUGAGCCCUUUAGCUGUCUCACUCUCUCUCUCUCUCUCUCUCUCACACACACACACACAUCCACCCACACACACACACACACACACACACAUACAGCUUUGUAUAAAGUGAAGCCCCCAAAGACCUUCCCACCCCCUUACCCCGUGUUCUCUCUCUCUCUCUCUAUUCAUAGAGAGACACAGUGAUGGUUAUAGACCAGUGUUCCAGUUGGAACGCUGACCGUCUCCUGGUGCCUUCAGGAUCCGACCUGACAGUUUAAUCUGCUUGGGUUUUGUACUCGUUCCCCCUCGGGGUGUGUCGGAGCCUCGGCACUGGAAUCAGACACAGCAGUCUUACGCUGCAUUCUGCUUCGUGUUUUACGGCGGUUGGCAUCCAGAAAGCAGGAGGCAUCACCGCCAAAUUCUGCCCUGCACCGUUAUCACUCACGCUAACGAGGCAAUACUCAUGGAAAUACUCAUUAAACUCCUGUGAGUCUAUGGGAUGGGAAGUGGACAUGGGUACCCACAUCCACCUGUCCUCCUCUGACACGCCCACCUGCCCCGCUCUGACACGCCCACCUGCGCCGCUCUGACACGCCCACCUGU